ACCUCCAUCCACCUCAACAAUUCAAAAUUCUCCCCCAAAAGCAACUAAUUUCCAGCAGUUGCAAAAACUAAAAAGUCCCCCACACAAACCCCAAUAAAUAUAAACCUUUCUCACAACACAACCAAAAAACACACUUGCACUUCCCCCCAAAAUGAUGCAAAGACUCUUCCGAGGGGGGAGCACCACCCGAGACAACGGCAACUCUUCGCCGGAAACUCCAUCACCACCGUCGCGUUCGCCGGCGUUCACAACUCCGACGUCGUCGUCUUCUCCGGCGACUGUCUCGGGAACUGCGCGACCAAUUAGAUUCGUGUAUUGCGACGAAAAGGGCAAGUUUAGGUUAGAUCCAGAAGCCCUAGCUACUCUUCAACUUGUUAAAGAUCCUAUUGGAGUUGUCUCUGUUUGCGGCCGCGCUCGACAGGGCAAGAGUUUUAUUCUUAAUCAGCUUCUAGGCAGGAGCAGUGGAUUUCAAGUUGCAUCUACUCAUAAGCCGUGCACUAAAGGGCUUUGGCUGUGGAGCGUUCCGCUAAAGAGGACUGCUUUAGAUGGAACUGAGUAUAACCUUAUUCUCUUGGACAGUGAGGGGAUUGAUGCCUAUGAUCAGACGGGAACAUACAGCACCCAGAUCUUUUCCUUGGCUGUCAUGCUGUCCAGCAUGUUCAUCUAUAACCAGAUGGGCGGAAUUGAUGAGGCCGCACUUGAUCGUCUCUCUCUUGUGACGGAAAUGACCAAGCAUAUUCGAGUGAGAGCUUCUGGCAGCAAGACGUCAGCUUCUGAGCUAGGACAAUUCUCACCAAUCUUCGUUUGGCUUUUGAGGGACUUCUACCUGGACUUGACGGAAGAUAACAGGAAAAUAACUCCCCGAGAUUAUCUGGAGCUUGCUUUGAGACCAGUUCAAGGAGGUGCAAAAGAUGUUGCUGCCAAGAAUGAGAUUCGGGAGUCAAUUCGAGCUCUAUUUCCAGAUAGAGAAUGCUUCACCCUUGUGCGGCCACUCAACAAUGAAAGUCAACUCCAGCGUCUGGACCAAAUCGCAUUGGACAAAUUGAGACCAGAGUUUAGAUCUGGUUUGGAUGCAUUGACCAGGUUCGUGUUUGAGAGAACUAGGCCAAAGCAAGUUGGGGCUACCACAAUGAAUGGACCUAUGCUUGCGGGUAUCACACAAUCAUUUUUGGAUGCAUUGAAUCAUGGGGCUGUCCCUACCAUCACGUCUUCUUGGCAGAGUGUUGAAGAAUCAGAGUGCAGAAGGGCAUAUGAUUCAGCUACUGAAGAGUAUAUGUCUUCCUUUGAUCGUUCUAAGCCACCUGAUGAAGCAGCGCUACGAGAAGCACAUGAAGUGGCUGUACAGAAGGCCUUAGGCAUCUUCAAUGCUUGCGCUGUGGGGGCUGGCUCAGUAAGGCAGAAAUAUGAAAAGCUACUCCAGACUUUCUUUAGAAAGGCUUUUGAGGAUUACAAAAGAAAUGUUUUUAUGGAGGCAGAUAUGCAAUGCUCAAAUACUAUUCAGAACAUGGAAAAGAAAUUACGAGCAGCUUGUCAUUCUGUUGAUGCAAAGUUAGAGCAAGUCCUCAAGAUCCUUGAUGAUCUUUGUUCGGAUUAUGAAAAGUCAACUUUUGGUCCUGGAAAAUGGCCUAAACUGGCAAAUUUUCUACAGCAAAGUUUGGAAGGUCCAAUUGCUGACCUUGUCAGGAAGCGAAUUGACCAAGUCACAUCCGAGAAGAGUUCAUUGAGUUUAAAAUGUAGAUCGAUUGAAGAUCGGAUGAAUUUACUCAAUAAACAGUUGGAAGCAAAUGAGAAGUCAAAAGCUGAUUACAUAAAGCGUUAUGAGGAUGCUAUAAAUGAAAAGAAGAAGGUUGCUGAUGAGUAUAUGAGCCAUAUAACGUCUUUGCGGAGCAAAUGCAGCUCCUUGGAGGAAAGAUCUUCCAGCCUGUUGAAAUCUCUGGAGUCUGUGAGGCAGGAAUCAACUGAUUGGAAAAGGAAAUAUGAGCAUGGAUUAUCGAAACAGAAAGUUGAAGAAGAACAAGCGAGUGCUGAAAAAGCAGCUCUCAAGUCCAAAAGCAGUGCUGCAGAAGCAAGAUUGGCCGCAGCUCGUGAACAAGUUAAAUCUGCUCAAGAAGAAGCAGAUGAGUGGAAACGGAAGUAUGAUAUUGCUGUUCGAGAAGCUAAAGCAGCCCUUGAAAAAGCAGCUGUGGUGCAGGAGCGUGCAGAUUAUACUAGACAAUCCCGCGAAGAUACCCUUCGAAAUGAAUUCGCGAGUAAUCUAGCAAAGAAGGAAGAGGAAAUAAAGGACCAGGCAGCAAAAAUAGAGCAUGCGGAGCAGCGAUUGGCAACUUUGAGUUAUGAGUUGAAGGCUGCUGAAUCCAAGAUAGUUAGCUAUGAGUUGCAAAUAUCAGGCUGUAGAAGUGACAUAAAAGAGUUAAAUGAGAAGCUGGAUGCUGCAAAUGCUGCUGCACAAUCUUAUGAGAGAGAAGCUCAAAUACUUGAGCAGGAAAAAGUUCAUGUGGAGCAGAAAUAUGAAUCUGAGUUCAAGAGGUUUGAUGAGGUGCAAGAUAGAUGUAGAGCAGCUGAAAAAGAAGCUAAACGAGCCACUGAGGUGGCUGAUAAAGCACGAUCAGAUGCUGCUGCUGCUCAGAAGGAAAGAAGUGAAAUCCAGCGGACAGCAAUGGAAAGAUUGGCUCAUAUUGAGCGUGCUGAGAGGCAGAUUGACCACUUGCAGAGGGAGAAAAAUGACUUGGCCAAUGAACUAGAAACACUUCGUGCAUCUGAAUAUGAUGCCAAUGCUAAAGUGAGAUUGCUGGAGGCUCAGGUAGAAGAAAGGCAGAAGGAAAUUGAAGUACUUAUGAAAUCUAACAAUGAGCAGAGAGCUAGUACUGUUCAAGUGCUUGAGAGUCUCCUUGAGACUGAACGUGUUGCUAGGGGAGAAGCAAAUCGCCGGGCAGAGGCGCUAUCUCAUCAGUUGCAGGCUACGCAGGCGAAACUUGAUAUGGUCCAACAAGAGCUGACAUCAGUUCGUUUAAAUGAGUCUGCCCUUGAUGCAAAGCUUAAGACUGCCUCACAUGGAAAGCGCUCCAGGGUGGAUGACCAUGAUGUGGCUGCGGAUUCUAUGGAGGAUAUGGAUGCUGAUAAGAUGAGGGCAAACAAAAGAAGAAAAAGUACCAUCAGCCCAGUACAGCAAGUAGCCUCAGCAGGUGACAAUGAUUCAGUUUUCACAGCUGGUGAUGAUGAAAGCAGUCAACAAGUUGACACAGACGACUAUAGAAAGUUUACAAUUCAGAGGCUAAAGCAAGAGCUCACAGAAAACAAUUUCGGUGAUGAGGUAUUCAAGCUUAGGGCUGGUGCCAAGAAGAAGGAUUUUGUUGCUUUGUAUGAAAAAUGCAUCCUGAACAAGUCCUGAUGACCCAAGUAAUACGUCAAUAGGUUUGGACAGGAGAUUCGGCUGUAGUUAUGUUGCUAUUUUUUGACUUAGCUGAGUCGAGGGGAACUUAGUAAUUCUCUGACUACAAGGGCUGUAUGUUUAUGUUGUUAGAACUUCUGAUAUCUACAGUUUCAUUUUGGUUUCUGGAGAGACAGAAAGAUGUUUCUUGGAUGAGAGUUUGUGAAGUUUCCUUGUUUGCUUUGAUGUAACUACUGUAGGUAGAAUGGCAAUUGUCCCCAUAUUGUAUAUUCUUAGGGACGUUUAGUUUCAUUGGAUAACUGAGUAUUGACAAGACAUUAUUUUAUGGGUUUUCUUUGUAGUGUAGGUCUAACGGUUUGAGAGAUUAGUUACUCUCUGUUACGGGCAGUUCGGUAGUUUUGCACCAAAAUUUGUAUUACUUUCUUACAUAGUGAAAUUGCUGUAUUUUUUCGUGUUUAA